CUCUGAAUAAAUUGGAGCUCUUUCGUGGACGACAGGAUCCAAGUCUGCCGCUCUCGCCUCUCUUUCUCUCAUAAAACCUUUACUUGUCACUUACUCUCUUUUACCUUAACCUUUUAGCUAGUCGCAACACUAUCUUUUUCUUUUAAAUCUUUUGCUUCAAAAUAAAGUUUAAAAGGUGGUUCUUCUGUCUCUAGUAGUACAAGUACUACUACUACUACUUCAUAUAGAAAUGGAGGAUCAUCAUAAUCGUAACCAGCAUCACAAUUGCCAUGACUAUGGUGGUUUGGUGGAUCUACGGCAGCUGAUGAACAGUAGAGGUACUCAUUUUCCGGUUGUCCCACAAGUGGCUGAGUUGUUUCCGGGUCAUCGGAGUCUCACGCCCACCCCAGAAGGCCACCACUAUGAGAUGUUGAUGAUGGGUCGUCAAGUGAGUGAGCUGAUGGCUCGUGGGCCUCAAGAUUUUACUAAUAUUAAUAACAAUACUAAUAACACAACUAGUAGUGCUGUUGUUUCUACUCCAAGUUUUAGUGGGUUUGAGGGAGAAGCCGGUGGUUCUUUUGGAGGAGGAACUGGAAGAUGGCCGAGACAAGAGACUUUAACUCUUCUUGAGAUCAGAUCUCGUCUUGAUUCCAAGUUUAAGGAGGCUAAUCAGAAAGGUCCUCUUUGGGAUGAAGUCUCUAGGAUUAUGUCGGAGGAGCAUGGGUACCAAAGAAGUGGGAAAAAAUGCAGAGAAAAGUUUGAAAACUUAUAUAAAUAUUACAAGAAGACAAAGGAAGGAAAAGCUGGAAGACAGGAUGGAAAGAACUACAGAUUCUUUAGGCAACUUGAGGCUCUCUAUGGAGACAGCAGCAAUUCGGUUUCAGUCCCCGAAACCCACGAUGUUGGAUCCAGUCUUCGUUUUCAUACUGCUACCAAAACUUGUAAUCAGGCUAAUCAAAGGCUGUUUCACUCUCAUCAAAAGCUUUGUAAUAGCCCUAGCCUCUGUAACUCCUCUGAAUUCAAUUCGUCGUCGUCUGAUGACAAUGAUUUAAGCAAUAUGGAGAAUGAUUCAACCGAGAAAAGGGGGAAGAAAAGAGGAGGAAGGAGCUGGAAGAUAAGGAUAGAGGAGUUCAUUGACUCACAAAUGAGGAAGCUAAUUGAGAGACAAGAAUCAUGGUUGCAUAAACUUACAACCACUCUUGAACAGAAGGCACAAGAGAGGAUGUUGAGAGACGAAGAUUGGAGGCGACAAGAAGAAGCUCGUAUAGAUAGAGAACAUAAGUUGUGGGCUAAAGAGAAAGCUUGGAUUGAAGCUCGCGAUUCUGCUUUAAUAGAGGCCUUACAAAACUUAACUGGAAAGCAAUUGAUCAAGGCCUCUUAUCGUGAUGAGCUAAUGGCUUCUCAGAUUCAAAGACAAAGUGAGAACCAGAAUGAAAGUGUGAGUCAAGAGGUGAGUGAUAACUGGGAAGAAUGUGAGGUUACAAGGCUAAUACAACUGAGAACAAGCAUGGAAGAAAGAUUUCAACAGAGUGGGUGUUCUCAAGAGUCAGUAUGGGAGGAAAUUGCAGCUAAAAUGGUGUGUUUAGGAUAUGACAAGAAUGGCUUAAUGUGCAAAGAGAAGUGGGAUAACAUCAACAAUUAUAUGAAGAAAACUAACAAGAAACGGAAGGAGAAUUCAAGAAGCUGCAGUAAUUACUUGAUGUACAAUCAAGGAGGAGGAUAUUGUGAGAUAAAUGAAGAAGAGACAGAGACUACAAUAAGACUUCAUCAAACAAAUGAAACUUCUUCACCUUUAUAUUCUAACGUUGGGAAUGCCUUCCUAUCGGCAGAUGGCGAUCACUUAUGGGAAAAUUAUGGAUUGAAGCUGAGCAAGGGAGAAAAUCAGUAAGUUGAAUUAAACAAAAUUUAUUAUUUGUAAAGUGUAAGAGUUUAAUUUGACAGUGUCUCUUCUUGUGAGAUAAAGGAGCUGACUGAAGUGAAGAUUAAUUUACACGUAGGAUUUUGGGAUUAAUUAAUUUGGAUCUUAGAACACGAAAAUUUAAUAUCUUUCUGGAUGACAUUAAGAAAAGACUCAAAUGUAAAGUUACUUUUAAAUUUUCUUCUAAA